AUGUUCCACCUGUUAAAGGGCAACCGCGCUCCCAAAUUUCGGAGCGCCCUCAUUAAGAAGAUACCCUAUGGAUCAACCCCCAAGGAAGAAAAUACCAAACCGAAUACGACCAAUCAAAUUAUCCACCUCACCAGUGAUGCAAUCAACAAAAUGAAACAAAUAAAUUUGAAGUAUAAAAACUCAAAAGCGUUAAAGGUAUCCGUAGAAGCUGGGGGGUGCUCAGGAUUCCAGUAUUCCUUUUCCCUAAUCGAUAAAACAAACAUACAAGAGAAGGACUUGGUCGUUUAUAAUAGAGAGUGCCUCGUAGUGAUUGACAAAGGGGCAGCAGAAAUUCUCAGGAACUCCAAAAUAGACUACACCAAUAAUCUCAUUGCGAAGAAAUUCGUCAUCGAAAAUAUUCAAAAUCUCUCCAAGUGUUCCUGUGGCAACUCCUUUGAUGUCAAGCUUUUUUAA